GAUGAGAGAUCUGAUCGCCGUAGUCCUGAUCGCCCUGGCGGUGGGUUUUUGGUUUGUGCGGACUCGCUAUAGCUACUGGACCCGGCGGCGAAUCGGAAAUGUGCCGGCCACUUUUCCCACGGGGAACAUGGAUGGUUUCCGGAAAACUAAGCACUUUAUAGACAUCGUCACCCCUAUCUAUGAGAAGUUUAAAGACUGUGGAGCUCCGUUCGCGGGGUUCUUUAUAAUGCUCCGUCCGGUGGUCUUGAUUCUAGACCUGGAGGUGGCCAAACAGGUUCUAAUACGCGACUUUGCCAACUUCGAGGAUCGCGGGAUGUAUCACAACGAACGAGACGAUCCCCUGACGGGGCACCUUUUUCGAAUCGACGGUCCCAAGUGGCGGCCAUUGAGGACUAAAAUGACACCCACAUUUAGUUCCGGAAAGAUGAAGUUCAUGUUCCCCACGGUCUGCGAGGUGGGCGUGGAACUAACUGGGGUGUGCGGUGAGCUCGCCGAAAACUCCAUGUGUGGCAUCUUGGAAGUUGGUGGUCUAAUGGCGCGCUACACCUCCGAUGUCAUAGGUCGCUGCGCCUUCGGAGUGGACUGCAAUGGCCUUAGGAAUCCCGAGGCAGAGUUUGCCGUGAUGGGCAGACGGGCCUUUUCGGAGCGACGUCACUCCAAACUAGUCGAUUUAUUCAUCGAGAGUUUCCCCAAUCUGGCCCGACGUCUUCGUUUCUGCCAGAUCCAUCAGGACAUCACGGAUUUCUAUGUCGGAAUCGUCCGCGAAACUGUAAGGAUGCGCGAGGAGCAGGGCAUUGUCCGGAAUGACUUUAUGAACCUCCUGAUCGAGAUGAAACAGCGCGGCGAGCUCACCCUGGAGGAGAUUGCCGCACAGGCAUUUAUAUUUUUCGCCGCUGGCUUUGACACCUCAGCUUCCACUUUGGGAUUCGCUCUGUACGAGUUGGCCAAGCAGCCGGAGCUGCAGGAGAAAUUGCGGACUGAAAUCGAUGAGGCUCAGAAAAAGCACCAGGGGGAAUUUACCUACGAAUGCAUGCAGGAGUUGCGCUACAUGGAGCUGGUUAUUGCAGAAACCCUUCGGAAGUACCCGGUACUACCCCAGCUUACCCGCGUCUCCAAGCAGUACUAUGCUGCCAAAGGUGAUCGUAACUUCUAUAUAGAACCUGGACAGAUGCUUCUAAUACCCGUUUACGGAAUCCAUCACGAUCCUAGAAUCUACCACGAACCCAAUAGAUUUAUACCGGAGCGUUUCUUGGCGGAUCAGCUGGCUCUGCGUCCUACCGCCUCCUGGCUGCCCUUCGGCGAUGGCCCUCGUAAUUGCAUUGGAAUGAGGUUCGGGAAGAUGCAGACCACCGUUGCCCUGGUUCACCUACUUAGGCGCUUUCACUUCAGCGUCUGUCCGCGAACUGAGCCAAAAAUCGAGUUUGUUAAGUCGAAUAUUCUUCUCUGUCCAGCGAAUGGAAUCUACUUAAAGGUUCAAGAGCUGAGUAAGCUAAAAAAAUUGUGAUUGUGUGCCUUACCAAAUACACGACUCUUUUUUAUCAAUUGUA